CUGGACGAGAUGCUGCAGGGCACGGGCAGCCUUCGCGUCUCCGCCUCGCCGCUGCUGCACAAGGUCCUCCGGGAGGCGUCGACGAAGGUGGCGUGGCCGGUGGGAGAGGCCGUCAGCGUGCGGGACGGGUGGCGCCUGCAGGAACCCAUCAGUAGUACCGACGUCCACUUCGGCACCCUGGCUUCGGGGAGUGACUACGUGAGCUUCGCCGCCCAGCACGGGGUGCCCUCGGCCCACUUCGUCGUCAUGGGCAAGGAAUGGGAGAGCACCUACGACCUCCGCCACACCCAGUAUGACACCCCGGGGUCGUACACGGCGAGUCCUGGACCCGAGUACAAAGUGGACGUUCAUGCUAGCCUCCUUCGUGGGCGUACGACGCUGGUGCUGAGCGAGAGCCGCCUCCCGCCCGUGGACUUCCGCGAGGUGAGUGGCAGCCUGUACAACGGGUGGCAGAUGUUCCUCGACGCCCACUCCGCCGCCCUCGCCAGCUCCGGAUACGACUUCACGGGCGUGCUCGACGCCAUCGGGAAGGAGAUCGAGAUCAUGGACAGCACGAUGACCUACCUCACCAAGUGGUACGACGACGCCCCCGUCUAUCGGCACAAGGGAGGUCAAGCAGGUCAAGGAGGUCAAGCAGGUCAGGGAGGUCAGGGAGAGGAGGAUUCGUGCAGCGCCGGCCCCUCGCUCAGGGAGUUCAGGCAAGUGGAGGAGCGCCUCCACCGCGUGCUGUCCGUGAAGCGCGGGCUGCUGGGCCCCCGGGGCGUGGGCCGCACCUUCGCCACGCACCUGAUGGUGGGCCCGGACCCCGAGGACCCCCUGGAGCCCAGCCAGUACCCGCAUGCGGCAAGGGCCAUCACGCUCGCCCUGGCCCAGCGGACGCCGUGGGAGAGCGUGCACCAGGAGCUCUCGUUCGUCCUGUCCGCGCUCACCGCCUUCAGGGAGCUCUUCGCCUCGGACGCCGUGCCCGACACCUUCCCCAUCCUCUAGGGGGAGGGGGGGGUUGGGGGAAGGAUUGAUGAUGU